UCAUGCGAAAGUGGUGUCCUUGUAGUUUAAAUGCCUUUACGUUGAAAACUACCAACUAGUAGUAGUAGUAGUAGUAGUAGUAGUAGUAGUAGUGGUAGUGGUAGUAGCGUUAACUCUAGCGAUGGAAAUAGUAAUAUCAAUAUGUUAUAUGUUUCCUGGCUGGAGAUACCGGAAAAGUUUGUGUGCGGACAAGAGCAAGGUGGACUACGCAGUGGAUGCUGAACGAAUAACGGACUUCUCGAUAAACUGCAUGUUCCAAAAGGAGGUGGCGAGGCGCGUUAAUGCGGACGUCGGUUACAUUGGACAAGUUGGCGUGUUAUCGAAUUCGUCAAACAUGUUGCGACUGCCACCCCCCGCCCUGGGAGCCAUCUACGCCGCCGUCAAACGCGAAUGCGACAGAGUGGGCAAUCGCACAGGCCCUGGAAGUCACCUCGCCAGCGUCAGUCAGGGAUAACGGUAGUGAUGACGACGACCACAACAACAACGGUGAUGAUGAUAAUGGCGAUAACGACGAUAGCAGUGGCGACGACGACGAUGAUAACGGCAUUGUGGGACCCACAACCGGUGCCGUUGCCGUUGCCGCUUCCAGGCGUAUCAUCACGAUUCCCAGAGUUGAAGGAGCAUCACAAGUCGUCCAGAACGCAGAGCUGGACAAGAAUGGUCGCAGUACGAUCCCGCCUAGCCUUUCAACAGCACAGAACUACAUGAAGUCUGGUCAUGGACGUCUUUUUGGAUAUACUUGCAGAAGAAAACAAGGGCACUACUAUUAACCGGAUUCGAGAACAGCUGGACGCCAAACGAAAAGCCCAGGGAAAGGCUAGGGCA